AAAGCAGCAGCAGCAGCAGGAGGAGGAGGAGUGUGAACAUUGCGGAGUUCUUGGGGAUUCCGACAAUAUAGAGAUCAGACUCGGACCCGACGGUCGUUUUUGGAGCUCGAUGAGUUUUUGGACUCUACUUCCAUUUGGCGCGGUUGACGGCGCACGUUUGCCCAGAGAAAGCGCUCGGAUAGCGGAUUCAGGUUCCCGUGUGGCCACAUUCGAGAUCAGAGGAGCAAACAGGCAACACUGAGCUCUUGGUUAGUCCCAGAAGAACUGCCAAACAUAGAGCAUAUGCUUCAUCAGGACAGAGAAACCUCCUUGUUCCUCUGAAUGCGCUCACAACAUCAUUUUAAAGCAUUGUGGAUUUACUCAUUGAAUGCAUAGCGAUGCCGUGUUUCACAUUACCUGUAUGCAAAAUUUUUGACUGAAAAGAAUCAAAGCUGCUGGAGUUCUCUGCUCUGAUCAUUUAUGGCACAGAUCUUACUAAGGCAUUUUCAGUAGUUGUAAAACACCACAUCAGGGCAUCCUACUGUUGAACAUGACUCAUGGGGUGGAGUCUGGCCCUGAAACUCACCAGGAUUCUGCUGCUUUAACAUAUCUGGAAGGUUUGCUAAUGCAUCCGGUCACCACUGGGCCUGCUGCCACUGCUACACAGAGAUCAGAACCUGUCCACAACAAUGAAGAGAAUGCCAACAGCGUAACCAGGGCAUUUCAGCUGCACAACCAUGGCGCCCUUUCGCCAGAAAAGGGUAGCCCGCCUAGUGCAACCUCGCAGCACCUUAAAAAAGCCAGGCUGCUUCGUUCAGGAGCAUGGAGUGAAGACAGCCAGAAACAAUCAAGCACUGUAGUGGAGGUAAAUGGACAGAGAAGGGAGCACUACAAAGGAGGCCUGGAUAGCUCUGGGCAGGGAGAGAGCACCUUGCUGGCUUCGCUGCUGCAGUCCUUCAGCUCUCGGCUGCAGAGUGUCGCCUUGUCACAGCACAUUUCUCAAAGCCACAAACAGCUUGACAGAGAGAGCAGUGAAAGUGCUCCUGUUGAUCCUAAGGAAACCUACCAGAGUUACGGCACAGCAUCAGGCCGCCUGAAAAGCCUCAUGAGGAAAAGCAAGCAUCAGAACCAUAACACCGUGCCUUAUUGUCGACAGAGCAACCAGAACCGAGGCUCUGAUUCUCCUCGGCCCUCUCAAAGCUCUGCCCAGCCCACUAGCUCUGAAUCAAUGACUUGCACAGAACGACUCAAGGCUGUUGCCAGUAUGGUUCGGACAAGAUCCAGUCCGGCACCUUCACCUAAACCCAGUGUCGCCUGCAGUCAACUGGCAUUGUUGCUGUCCAGCGAGGCUCAUCUACAGCAGUACUCCAGAGAGCAGGCUUUAAAAGCACAAUUAACCAGUCGAUCAGCAAGUGAGAGGCUAGCGGCUAUGGCUACUCAACAAACACAAGAUAAGAGACCUCCCAGCAUGGGACAGCCAACAACCACCACAGACAUGCUAAGCUCCUUAAAUGCUCAAAACGGAACAAUCCCCCCAUUAGUGGUUAACUCCAGCAAAAGCAGCCCUUCCCUUUCCUCACCCUCCACGAGACCCCCCAAAGAGAGACGGUCUUUUGACAGGCACAGUCGACCACCACAGAACUGCAGUAGUCUGUUGCUUCUGCUGCUCAACAAUCACAACUCCCAACAGCAGCUCACCAGGAACGGACACCUAGAGGAAGACUGUGGCAUCCUUCCGAGCUGUGCCUCUUCCUUGCAGUCUGACAGUGAGUACUCCAACCCGGAUAACAGCCUGACCAAAGACAGCAGUGAUACUGAGAGCUUGUCCAGCUGUUCCCCCAUCGACCUCUCAAUGAAAAGCAGAACGUCUUGCCAAAAAUUUGAGCCCUGCUUCUCCUUGCCCCCCUUGAUGGAUAAGCUCACAGAGUCUCUCGUAAACAAAUGGAAGCCGGAAACUUCUGUGCCAAAGGUCCACGAGGCCGUAGAUCUGGAUACCAGCCCAGACAUAAAAUCCCAAGAUAAGGUCACUCUAAUGCAGUUACUGCUGGACCGCAGAAAUAACGAGAAGGUAAACAAAAGUUCAGAUCAUCCUAGUUUGCGGUCUGAUUCAGUAAUCAGCUGCUUGACUGCAGGCUCACUUAAACGCAUUGGCACACCAGAGGACUCCAGGACACAGAGCCCUCUGGACCGGCAAGCAGCUACCUUCAGCUCAGUCUCCCCUUCAUACUCCUUCCCCUCACCCAUUGCCCAGUCCAGUCCUUUAGAUCUCUGCAAGUCUAAAGCUAUCUCAAGUGAAAAGAUGGAGCCGCCGUUCAGUGCCAGCAAGCUACUGCAGAAUUUGGCCCAGAGUGGUAUAAAGAACUUGUCACCUUCUCCCCCUCCUUUACACUCUCACAAGUUGACAAGCAAAAGGCAAAGUCCAGAACUUGAGCUUGGAAAGCCCCAGACGUUCUUGAAUAGACUUGUCGCUCCAGCCAAACAGAGCAGUCCCCCUGUAUUGGAUGGAGGUUCCCCCAAAUGUGAGCAAUCACCCUCUUCAUCAAUGCAGAUAGAAAACCUUCUUGAGAAGCGCACAGUACUGCAGCUUUUGCUAGGAACAGCCUCCCAGAAGGAAAAAAACAGUGGACACAGAGUCUUAGAAGUAACCUCAAGGGGGAUGGAGAGGACAAGGGUGGGCUCUGCUAAGUGUGAUGGCUCAAAUGAACCUUCUCUGGACCUGAACAUCAAAAAGGAGCCAGUAGAGGAGAAUCUUCAAUCAGACAGCUUUGAUGAUGGGGUGCACCACCUGACAAGAUCAUCACAACACUCCCCCAUUGCUGAUGCACAGGACACAAUCAAAUCUGAGCUAUGUCCCACAGAAACAGCUUCUAAAUUUGGACUUCUGAGCCAGCUUUUGAAACAGCAGAAUUCUAUAUACCAUUCAAGCCCACACACAAGGCUUGUCAGGAACUCUGUAAAAAAGGAACCAAUGGAUUUUCACAGUCCAAUUCCUAAGAAAAGAAAACUGUGCAUUGAGUUAGCUGAGCGUCUAAGUAGUGAACUCUGUCAACCGCCUGGAGAUGCCACUAGUGACGAUCCAACGUCUGGAACACCUGAAUUUAAAGUUAGAGGGCUGGAAAAACCAAAGGAGGAUGAAUUACUAGGGAGUCCAGGGAACAAACCUCCUCUCUCCAGAGAAAGCCAAGGUUUUAAUGUUCUCAAGCAACUCCUUCUGUCAGAAAACUGUCUGAAAGAGCUAUCCCAACCCAGAGGCACCCCAAGUCCCUUCAUCCCUCCGGCAAACUGUGCAGCCAACGGGAACUUGACCCAGUCUGGUUUCCGUCACGAUUUGUCAAACUUACCAUGGUACCCCUAUUCUUUCAGUUCUGGUCCCAAAACUGCGCCCACACCCGUUGACACCCCAGUUUGGGCUAAUGUCUCCCCCAAAGCCAGUCCUAAACCAGUUAAAAGAGAACCUGAGGGGUCUCCUGAAGAAACUUUUAGCAGGGAGGAGAGAUCUAGUCCAGACUCGCCACCUUUAACCAGGUCUAAUCCGAUUCUUUACUACAUGCUUCAGCGGGGAAAUGGUCAGCUCAGACCUGAGAUGCGGGAUCAGAUGCAGUCGCCCCACUGUGUCAUGGGUGACUAUGAGCACAGGAUAAACUCUCCAGUUCACAGUCAGUUUUACAGUCAGAGAGAAGAUAGCCUAAAUGGCUCUGCGGAAAAAUGGUAGAUGUGAACUGGGAAAACAAUUUGUAUGGUCAAUUGUCUGUGAUUAUCUUUUACUAUUAUUAUUUGACCAUAGAGCACGGUCGCGCAGUUUAAAACAUAGUUUGGCUGUUUACCACCACUUUAAAUGUCAUUUAAUAAUGAGACGUUCACAUGUUAUAAUUAUUUUGCGUUUGUAUGUAUGAUGGCCCAGCACAAUGUAAAAUAUCGACCACAAAAGAGCUUUUCUUCCUUCCUCAACUUAAAACAUUUAUAAAGAACAUCCAAUUACAUGCAUUAUCCUGAGGAAUCCAGUAACGUUACCGCAAAUUUCACACUACAUUUAUCUCCAGCCAAAUCAGGACCCCUUCCAGUUUAUCGAAGCAAAGACAACCGUACAAUCGAAGCACAAUAUCGGAUUCGUGGCAUUGAAAUGUCAAGCUAUAAAGUAUAUUUUCUUACAGCAAACGUUAAAAGAAAGACCGUGUAAUCUAUCAGGUAUCAAGAAGGUUUUCACGUGUGAUAGAAGAGCAACAACAUUUACUGGAAUGUUCUAUAGUCGUAGCUUAGUCAGAUUUACAGUGCUUUAUUUUUCAUCCGGAAUGAAACUAUAGCUGUUAUGUGGUGAUAAUGGCAUGAUGUUAAACGAAAAAAACAAACCUGAGUGUCAUAUUUUUAGCCAAUGAAAUGUAUCUUUUUACAAUUUUGUAUGAUUUAGUUGUUUUGUAUCUUACCUAGAUAUUCUGUAUGUAGCAUUCACAUGUUAAUGUUGUCGACAAGAAUACUGAAAGAGGAUACAGGUUCUCCACCAAAGCCGUGAGGAUUCAUUAUAAUAUUUAUGGACGCUAAAUGUGUCAUGAUACUGUGUGAAUCAGACGCUCUACUGUGAGAAGGGAUUCAAUUCAGUCUGGUUCGUUAAUAUGUUCACCAUUUUAUUUUAUUUUUCAGAUGAAAGCCCAUCACUCAAGUCUUAAACAUUAUCCUACAAAGAUUUUAUUCCAUAUUCUCUAUGUUUUACACCAAAUUAGAACGAUUUAUGUAAAUAUUGCUUUCGAGAUGACUAUUUUGUAUUGUUCAAGACACACACAAAGUAGUUUUUAAUGUCUUGCGUUGUACAUAAGACUGUAAUAAUGUACAUAGGGUACUGGAGGACGAGACUUUUCUGCAUGUCUAUGUUGUGCUAAUGAUAAUCCGUUCAUCUACUGCUCUGUUCGAGGCUCUUUGCUGCCUGUAGCAUGCACACGCAUGGGGAGUCCCUGUGUUAUGGGGAAAUGUCAAGUCUUAAAAUAGAUGUUUUUAUCAGGCAGAGAUGGGUACUUAAACCGUAAUCUGUCUUCAAACGCAGUCCUAGACUGUUGAGCCAGCGCUCAAACAUGAGGAAAAAAUGUGCAUAUUGUUUUGAUUUCUGAAUGCUUUUGUUCGGUUUAAACUAACUAGAAUACACUUUCGGUUGAAUCGUUCUGCAAAAAUUGUGAAUAACUACAAAAAAAACAAGCGUUUUCAUAUUCUCCUGUGACAAACUGGAGCCUUUUGGUUUUCUUAUGUUCUGUCUUUGGUGUUUAUUUGCACUGAUAGCAUAAUAAAAAAUGGAAAUGCACAGGA